AUGCCAAACGAAAGCAGGAUGAUGGAGAGCCGCACGGCCGAGACCACACCGUUGCUAGGCGCUCCAGCCGCGAAUAGUGUCUUCAAGAACUGCAGUCAUCGUGGCCGCGGACAGGAGGAUGGGGUCCCCGUGCCCGACAUCCCGUUCCCAAGGCUGGCCCUCGUCAUGACCACGGCUUGGAUCGGCGUCUUCCUCGGUGCCAUGGACGAGACCAUCAUGGCCACCCUGGCGGGCCCAAUCGCAAGUGACUUCCAGUCGUUGCAUCUCCUGCCCUGGCUUGCCACUGCAUACCUCCUUUCCAGCGCUGCCUGUCUUCCCGUCACGGGCCGCCUCACCGACAUCUUUGGCCGCGGUCCCGGCUUGGUCUUGAGCAACGUCCUCUUUGGUGCCGGGAAUCUCAUCUGCGGCCUGUCCACGGAUCCGCAUGUCGUCCUCGUCGGCCGCCUCGUAGCUGGUGCCGGCAGCGCCGGCCAAAGGAGCAUCGCCAACUUUCUGGGCUCUGACCUGAUCCCGCUGCGCACCCGAGGCAUCGUCCAGGCUGUUUCGAACGUGUUUUACGGCGCCGGAGCCAUGAUCGGGGGCGUCUUUGGCGGCGUCUUGAACGACCACACCGUCCUCGGCUGGAGGCUGGCUUUCCUCAUCCAGGUGCCGCCGGCCUUGGUCUUGGCCGUCGCCGUCCUGGUGCUCGUCAAAGUGCCCCCCCAGCAGUCACAGCAGUCGUACAUCUCGCGCAUCGACUUCCCCGGCGUCUUCACGGCCUCUUCAUUCAUCGUGCUGCUGCUCCUGGGCCUCAACUCGGGCGGGAACAUGGUGCCUUGGACGCACCCCUUGCCCCUCGCAGCGAUCCCCCUUUCGCUGGUGUCAUUGACGAGUUUUGUGUGGUGGGAGCAAAGGGCCAAGCACCCCAUCAUCCCCGUCAAGCUCUUGCUCGAUCGGACCAUCGUCUCGGCGUGCCUGACCAACUUCUUCUGCGAGCUGGUCCUCAUGGCCGCGCUCUUCUACGUGCCCCUCUACCUCCAGGUGCUCGGCGAGUCGACGACCACGGCCGGCCUCAGGAUCCUGUCUUCCCCCGUCGGCGAGUGCCUGGGCGCCCUGGGUGCGGGCUACAUCAUGAAGCAGACGGGUCAGUACAUCCGGCUGGGCGUCCCCGGCCUGUCCGCCCUGACCCUCGGCACCGUCAUGUUCGUGCUCCAAGGCGAGCGCAGCCCAGCCUGGCUGACGAGCCUGGCCUUCUUCCUCGUGGGAGCCGGCUACGGCGCCGUGUUGACGACGACGCAGAUUGCGUCCAUCGCUGCCGUCGACCACUCGCAGCAGGCGGUGAUAACGUCGGCCAUUUACUUCAUCCGCAGCAUAGGCGCCACGAUUGGGAUAAGCGUAGCGUCCCUCGUGUACCAGAACGUCUCUGCGCGACGGCUGUGGGCGAGAUUCGGCGACAGGCAGGAUGCUGCGGACAUGAUCGAUCGUGUUCGGGAUAGCUUGGACGAGCUGAGACGCCUGCCGGACGCGUGGCACGACGGCGUCAUGGCGGCAUUCAUGGAGGCCUUUCGCGGCGUGUGGCUGAUGCUGCUCUGCUGUGCGGUGCUCGGGCUCGUCAGCGUCUCGCUGCUGAGGCAGCAUCGACUUUACACCACGCUGAACAGGUGCUGA